ACAGUGGUGGAUCUUGUAACCUCUCAAAAAACUCAGCAUUCAGAGAGUAAAAUAUCUGGAUUUUAUAAAUGUGGAAUUUUUAGAAUUGGUAUGAAUUCAUCACAAUCCUGAUUUUUUUUUUCCCCCAAGCAGUUAAGUAUAGUUCUUCAUAUUUUUGUAUUCCCUUAGUGACUGUGUUCCCCAGCCAAGUAUAGGCCACAAACUGUGACAAGAUCUGACCACAGUUAAAAGCAAAGUCUCUGUCCGGAAGAGUUUGCAAUUUAGUUGUCAAGAUGCUUUUAUCAGAUUGUUCUCAGAUGAUGAGUGAGGCUGAACCAUCUAAUGCCACACCAAAAUUCCGUGUCAAAGAAAGACAAUGGCUGACUGGGCCCCCAUAGCGAAGGAGUACGACCCCCUCAAGGCUGGCAGCAUCGAUGGCACGGACGAGGAGCCCCACGACCGGGCCAUAUGGCGGGCGAUGCUGGCGCGGUACGUACCCAACAAGGGCGUCACGGGAGAUCCUCACCUCACCCUCUUCGUGGCGAGGCUCAAUCUUCAGACCACAGAAGAGAAGUUAAAGGAGGUUUUUUCCCGCUAUGGAGACAUCAGAAAGAUCCGUCUGGUUCGAGACCUGGUCACGGGAUUUUCCAAGGGUUAUGCGUUUAUUGAGUACAAAGAGGAGCGUGCGCUGCUGAAGGCCCACAGAGAUGCCAACAGGCUGGUCAUCGACCAACAUGAGAUCUUUGUAGACUUUGAACUGGAAAGAACUCUCAAAGGAUGGAUUCCCCGGAGGCUUGGGGGUGGGUUUGGAGGCAAAAAAGAAUCCGGGCAGCUGCGGUUCGGAGGACGGGACAGACCUUUCCGAAAGCCUAUCAAUUUGCCAAACAUGAAGAAUGAUUUCUAUGGAGAAGGAUCAUCAGAGAAAAGAAACUGGUCUCGUGAGGGAACGAGGGACUGGAGAACGAGGGACCGGGACCAUGAGAGGAGCAGGGACAAACGCUGGCCAGAAAGGGAGAGGUCGUGGGCUUGGGGUGACAGUGAGAGAGACUCCAAAGAGGAGAGGAGCAGGGGGAGGGAAAGGAAGGACAGAGACAGGAAGGACAGGGAUAGAGACCGGAGCAGGGACAGAGAUACCAAGAAGCAGAGAGAUGAUGAUAAGCACCGAUAGGUGACCGUGCCUUGUCCUUGGGGUGUGUGACCUACCCUUAUGGCAGCUCGGGGCUGUGACAGCAUUCCCAGAACAAGCUGUGGUGUUGCACCUUGUGCCUGUGACUCUGCUGCCUGCAGCUCUCCAUGGUUUGGUUCCUGCUGCAGUUCAGAUGUGUGUUGGAUUGUUCUUUAGAGAAAAUAAACUUUUGUAU